CCCCCUGGCAGGGAGAUGCGCCGUGGCUUGACCUCCUUGUGUCCCCGCAUCGCCUUCUGCCUGCUCACCCUGCUCGAGGAGCAGCCACGUUGGGAUCUGCCUGCCCUGGCCUUCUUUGUGGAGGUCCUGGAGUGCCUGGACUUGAGCAAACACGGUCAGAGUGCCCUGACGGUCAUGUCCAGGCACCUGCCCAGCAAGUGCAGGGACAGGCUGCGCCUGGGGCUCAGAGGCCCCGUGCUGCUCAGCAAGGAGCCCUCGCUGGGCGGAGGCAUACGCGGCAUGUAUCCACACCUGGUGGAGCACCUGGCCGACCCAGACGGAGAGAUGGUCGCCAUGAGCCUCACUGUGCUCACGUGUAUGCUCCAGGAGAAAGACCUCCAGAUACCCAGUGUCACCGUCUCGAAGCUGGCCGAGCCGCUCCUGCCACACUUUCAGAACGACAACAGCCAUGUGCAGCUGCUCUCCAUCCAGCUCUUCUGCAAGGUGAUGGAGCUGGUAGCGGAAGAGGGGGAAAAUCCUCUCACGAGAAUUGUGAGCCGGAGCCUGUUCCCACUCUUCCUGCGCUGGCAUGACGAGAACAAGCAUGUGGCAGAGGCCUCCCGCCAAGCUCUGCUUCGUGCGGCACGCCUCCUGAGGAGGAGGGAUCUCGAGGAGCUGCUGAGGGAGGAGCCGCCGAUGGAGCAGCGGAUGAAGUUCGCCGAGUGCCUGCUGCUGGAGGACGAGAGCCGAGCGGCCGAGCACCUCCGCUGGGCCCUGCCGUGCCUGCAGAGCCCGCAGGAGCCCCUGCGACAGGCGGCCGUCAGGUGCCUCGGGCUUGCCGGAGUGCUCAUGAUGGGACAGAAGGAGGAGCUCCAGCUCCUCACUGAGGCCCUUCAGGCCCUGAGGGAAUACGAGAGCCCCUCCUUCAUCAGCCAGUUCAUCCAGCUGCUGUUUGACAGAAGAUCAGCCCUACUCUGUCUGCUGGAUGAGGAGAACUGGCGUCCUCCGGUGAUCUCCACAUCCCUGUGAAGAUGGCACCACCUGCAGAGCAGACCAUUCUGUGCUCCAGGCAGAGCUGUUGCUGCUCACAGCUGAGCCUGUGGGAAGCUCCAGGAGCUCCCUGCCGUCUCCCUUCCUGUUGGCAGCUCCCUCCCUCCCUGCAGCCCUCAGACCCUUUUCUACCCAUCCUGUGUUUUGCCUCCCAGCUCACCCCUUUGCUUCGCCUUCCUUUAAUAAAGUUGGCUUUCUUUGACUUCA